AUGAACGGUUACGGCUCCCCCUACCUGUACAUGGGCGGCCCGGUGGCGCAGCCGCCGCGGGCGCCCCUGCAGCGCACGCCUAAGUGCGCGCGCUGCCGCAACCACGGCGUGUUGUCCUGGCUCAAGGGCCACAAGCGCUACUGCCGCUUCAAGGACUGUACCUGCGAGAAGUGCAUCCUCAUCAUCGAACGCCAGCGGGUCAUGGCGGCGCAGGUGGCGCUGCGCCGGCAACAGGCCAACGAGAGUCUGGAGAGUCUCAUCCCCGACUCGCUGCGAGCCCUGCCUGGGCCCCCGGCGCCGGGCGAUGCAGCCGCCAACCCGCCGCCACCGCCAACCUCGCAGCAGUCGCAGCCGCCACCGCCGCGUCCUACAGCCGAGUUGGCGGCCGCCGCCGCGCUACGUUGGACCGCGGAGCCGCAGCCCCGGGCGCUGCAAGCGCCACUCUCCAAGCCAGAUUUGCCUGAAGAGCACCUUGCUGAUGGCAACGCUACUGCAGACACAGCAGAGACCUUCAGCGACAAAGACACUGACCAACGCAGCUCCCCAGACGUGGCUACCAGCAAGGGCUGCCUGGCCUCCGAAAGCCCCGAGAUUGUGUCCGUGGACGAAGGGGGGUAUGCCGUCCAGAAGAACGGCAGCUCCUCUGAGAGCCGCCCCAGCAGCCCCAAGUACCACGCGGAGCAGAGCCACCUCCUGAUCGAGGGCCCCUCAGGGACUGUGUCUCUGCCCUUCAGCCUGAAAGCCAACAGGCCUCCGCUGGAGGUGCUCAAGAAGAUCUUCCCCCACCAGAAGCCCACUGUGCUGGAGCUGAUCCUCAAGGGCUGCGGGGAGGACUUGGUGAGUGCCGUCGAGGUCCUGCUGUCCAGUCGGUCCUCUGUCACUGGGGUGGACCGGACUGCCGCAGAACCCGAGAGUCUGGUUCUGCCCUCCAACGGGCACAUCUUCGAACAUACCCUGAGUCCCUACCCCAUCUCCUCUUCCAAGUGGUCUGUGGGCUCCGCUUUCAGAGUCCCAGACACGUUGCGCUUCUCUGCCGACUCUAACAAUGUUGUGGCCAACCCCUUGGCUGUCCCUCUGCAGCAUCCCUUCCCCCAGCCGCCCCGCUACCCGCUGAUGCUGCGGAACACGUUGGCGCGAAACCAGUCGAGCCCCUUCUUGCCCAAUGACGUCACGCUGUGGAACACCAUGACCCUACAGCAACAGUACCAGCUGAGACCCCAGUAUGUCAGCCCUUUCCCCAGCAACUCCCCCAGCGUCUUCCGGAACUCUCCGGUCCUCCCCAGCCGCCCCACCGAAGACCCGAGGAUCUCCAUCCCUGAGGACGGCUGCCCCAUGGUGUCCAAGCAGACCCUUUACACUGAGGACGAGUACGACGAAAGGUCCGACUCCUCAGAUUCCAGAAUACUCAACACAUCAUCGUAA